UCUGGAGCUUUGGGCACGGGGGAGGAGAACGGCGCGAGGCUGGGGUGGGGAAGAGGACAGGGAGCAGAGGCGAGGCGGCUGGAGAAAGAAUCAAGCCCGGGGCUGAUUUGAAGGUGAGCGUAGGGGUUUCUCGAGACCCACAGGGGGCAGCCGGAGUCGGCUGCCGGAGGUGCGGGGGCGGAGAAAGGGUGGGGACCAGCCCCGCGGGGGGCGAUGCGGUAGCUGCGGCGGCGGCCGCAGGAGUUUCCCACAAUGCAGCGCGGUGCGCUGUCCCCGGUGCUGAUGCUCAGCGCUGCCCCGGAGCCUCCGCCGCGCCCGCCUCCCGCCCUUUCCCCGCCCGGCCCCGGCCCCGGCCCCGGCCCCCGCCAUGGCUCAGCUCGGCCCGGCCCUGCCCCAGAGCCGUCGGGGGGCCUGGCUGCGGCGCUGGACAGCAGCCUGCGGGCCGCCGUGGCGUUCAAGGCGGAGGGCCAACGCUGCUACCGAGAGAAGAAGUUCCGGGAAGCCAUCGGCAAGUAUCACCGGGCACUGCUGCAGCUGAAAGCAGCGCAGGGGGCCCGCCCUGGCGGCCUGCCCGCCCCCGCCCCCGGGCCUUCCGCCAGCCCGGGGCCGGCCCGCCUCAGCGAGGAGCAGCAGCGCCUGGUGGAGAGCACGGAGGUGGAAUGCUAUGACUCUCUCACGGCUUGCUUGCUGCAGUCGGAGCUGGUGAACUACGAGCGGGUGCGUGAGUACUGUCUCAAGGUGCUGGAGAAGCAGCAGGGCAAUUUCAAGGCCACCUACCGCGCCGGCAUUGCCUUCUACCAUCUGGGCGACUACCCACGUGCGCUGCGUUACCUGCAGGAGGCCCGCAGCCGGGAGCCCACAGACACCAACGUCCUGCGCUACAUCCAGCUGACUCAGCUGAAGAUGAGCCGCUGCAGCCUCCCGCGGGACGACCCUGGGCAGGGGCCCGGCCUCGGGGUGUGAGGGCUGAGGCCGACUCCGUCCCCUCACCCUGUAACCUCCUGGCCUCCCGUGUGUGCUGGUAAAGCUCUUGUGACCGCAA